CCUGCACUUGGUCUUCCCAUCCCAUUAGAGUUGAAUGUCUUCGCUUAGGAGAGAACCGGGAGAGGGAAAGAUGCGAGAACAUAACGGAGACACUCCAUACUGAUGAACAGCCUGACGCCGAAGGAUCUAGUCUGUGCACAGACAUAAACGGAAACUAGUUGUGUUUGCAGUCUUGCGUGUUUAAUUAUUUUAUUUUGGGAUUCAUAAGAGAUGCGCAGAAGAAUAUAAGUUAAGAAACUGAAAGCCAAAGACAGCAAUAUAAAGUGAAACAACAUUUUUUUCGGGGAGUCCCACUCACUGGAUGAAAGGGACUCUACGGGCUUGGGAAUAAACGGGUUCAGUUCUCUGGGUGUGUGUGUGUGACAGCAUCGGACAAUUUAAAAAAACAGAUUGGAGACCCCAUUUGUCACAACACUGGAGUUUCGAGGAAUCAUUUCAGAGUGGAUGUUAGGGAAUGAUUAAUGCUGACCGAACGGGAGAGCACAUAAACUUGUACCUCACUUUCUAAGGAAUUAAGGGUGUCUCUUAUUCCAGUCAUCCCUGCGCACUUAGUCCAUGUCAAGUUGAACUACCAUGGAACUUGGAGUUCCGCCCGAGUUGCUCUUGUUGCCCCUGUUUCUCUUCUAUUGCGGCACACCCCAACCCUAUGGCAGAACGUAUGGGUCAUUAGGCAAGAAUCAGACCAUCACGUUGGCUGUGGUGUUACCUGUUGACGCGGUUAAGUAUGCUUGGUCUUGGGACAGGGUUGGCCCGGCUAUGAAAAUGGCAACAGACUGGGUCAUGCUGAAUGACAGCCUACUUCGGGGCUACACUUUUAGCAUUUCACUUAAAGCAAGUAAUAAAGGUAAAGGCGAAUGUUCUGAUGAACUGGCUCCACUUAAUGCUGUGGAUCUAAAAUUUUAUGACAACCCAGACGUGAUGUUUGGCCCGGGCUGCGUGUACCCAGCUGCCCCAGUGGCCCGCUUUGCUGCCCAUUGGAAAUUGCCUCUUAUCACAGCUGGGGCACAGGCGUAUGGCUUUGAUGACAAGGAAAAAACAUCAGUUACUACAGUCAGGUUGGGGCCCAUCUACACUACUUUGGGGCACUUCGCUAGAAGUCUCGGACGCAACUUCGGGUGGGAGUCCCGGGUGUUGCUGGUGUACCUUGACCAUAAGCAGGACGAUCGUCCGCACUACUUCAUCACCGAAGGGAUUUAUACAGUUCUGGAAAAGGAACUUGUCAACAUGACUGUACAGCAUCACUUUUAUGAUGAAAAAGAUGGUGCAGAAGCCGCAGUUAACAUCAUCCAGCAAAACGCCAGAAUUGUAUACAUAUGUCUGCCUUUGGAUAUUCUCUACAACAUCAUGGAUCUAGCACACAAACAAGGACUAACCAAUGGAGACUACACUUUUAUCUACUUGGAUCUAUAUGGAGAAAGCUUAAGACCAGACACCUUUAAAGAACCAAACUUGCCUUGGAAAGAAAACAAUUCUAAAGACAUCCGGAAGGAGGCCUUUAAGAGUGUAUUUAUAAUCACUUAUCGAGAACCAGAAAACCCAGAGUAUGCUGAGUUUCAGAAGCAACUGGUAGAAAGAGCUCAGAAGGAAUCUGGCGUCCACCUGAAUUACACACUGAUGAACUUAAUAUCUGGCUGUUUUCAUGAUGGUGUAUUGCUUUAUGCCUAUGCACUCAAUGAAACUCUGGCUGAGGGAAAAUCCAAAAACGAUGGAAUGACAAUUAUUGACAAAAUGAGGAAUCGGGAAUUUCAAGGUGUAACAGGACUUGUGAAGAUGGAUAGCAACAAUGAUAGAAUGGCUGACUACACCCUGUGGUCAAUGGGUAACCUUGAAACAGGAGAAUAUCAGGUGGUAGCUCAUUAUGAAGCAAUAAAGGGAAACAUCAGCUGGAUCGCAGGAAGAGAGAUUUAUUGGAUUAAAGGCUCACCUCCACUGGAUAACCCUCCCUGUGCUUUUGAAAUUGAUGAUCCUUCUUGCAGACAAGGAAGCAACUUAGUCUACGUUGUUAUUGUCCUGGGAAUGCUCCUCAUCUUUACAAUUUUUGGAAUUUCCAGUUUCCUGGUUUUCAGGAAGUUAAAGCUUGAAAAGGAGCUUGCAAGUAUGUUGUGGAGAAUCCGGUGGGAAGAUCUUCAAUUUGGCAAUCCAGAGAGAUAUCGCAAGAGUGCAGGUAGCCGCCUAACAUUGUCCCUGAGAGGUUCCAGUUAUGGUUCUUUACUUACAGCACAUGGAAAAUAUCAACUGUUUGCGAAAACUGGAUAUUUCAAGGGAAAUUUGGUUGCUAUCAAACAUGUCAACAAGAAGAGGAUUGAGUUAACAAGACAAGUACUCUUUGAACUGAAGCAUAUGAGAGACGUUCAGUUCAAUCACCUGACCAGGUUCAUUGGUGCUUGCAUUGAUCCUCCAAAUAUCUGCAUUGUGACAGAGUACUGUCCACGUGGCAGCCUGCAGGAUGUUUUAGAAAAUGACAGCAUUAACUUAGACUGGAUGUUUCGCUAUUCACUAAUUAAUGACAUCAUCAAGGGAAUGGCAUUCUUGCAUAACAGUAUGAUUGGGUCACAUGGAAAUCUCAAGUCUUCUAACUGUGUAGUAGACAGCCGUUUCGUUUUGAAGAUAACUGACUAUGGGCUGGCCAGCUUCCGAUCAAACUGUGACAACGAGGACACAUAUUCACUCUAUGCAAAAAAACUGUGGACUGCACCAGAACUGUUGAGACUAUCAAGGCCUCCUCCUCAGGGUACACAAAAAGGAGAUGUCUACAGCUUGGGGAUCAUCUUACAAGAAAUUGCAUUAAGGAAUGGGCCAUUCUACAUUGAGGGAAUGGAUCUGUCUCCCAAAGAGAUUGUACAGAAGGUACGGAAUGGACAGAAGCCUUACUUUAGGCCAUCUUUUGACACAAAUUUACAUAGUGAGGAGUUGGCCAUUUUGAUGGGGCGUUGUUGGGCAGAGGAUACAGCAGAGAGGCCGGAUUUUAGCCACAUCAAAGUACAAAUCAGAAAGUUUAACAAUGAGGGCAGCACCAGCAUCCUGGACAACCUGCUAUCACGGAUGGAGCAGUAUGCAAAUAACCUGGAGAAGCUAGUAGAGGAGAGGACACAGGCCUACUUGGAGGAAAAACGAAAAGCAGAAAACCUUCUUUAUCAAAUUCUUCCACACUCGGUGGCUGAUCAACUAAAAAGAGGUGAGACUGUUCCAGCAGAAGCUUUUGACAGUGUCACAAUUUAUUUCAGUGACAUUGUGGGAUUUACAUCUAUGUCAGCUGAAAGCACACCAAUGCAGGUUGUGACAUUAUUGAAUGACCUGUAUACUUGUUUUGAUGCAAUCAUCGAUAAUUUUGAUGUUUACAAGGUGGAGACUAUUGGAGAUGCUUACAUGGUAGUGUCUGGUCUUCCAGUACGAAAUGGUAAACUUCAUGCUCGGGAAAUUGCCAGGAUGUCUUUGGCACUACUAGAUACGGUGAAAACAUUUAAAAUACAACACAGACCAAAUGACCAGCUCAAACUGCGGAUAGGGAUACAUACAGGACCUGUGUGUGCAGGAGUUGUUGGCUUGAAAAUGCCGCGAUACUGUUUGUUUGGAGACACAGUCAACACAGCAUCUCGAAUGGAGUCAAAUGGGGAAGCUUUGAAGAUCCAUGUGUCAUCUGCAGCCAAAUUUGUUCUCGAUGAGUUUGGGUGUUUUCACCUGGCACUGCGUGGAGAUGUGGAAAUGAAGGGAAAAGGCAAGAUGACAACGUACUGGCUAGUUGGGGAGAGAACAAAUCCAGAUGUUGCUUGAAACAGCACUAUAUACAUAAUGCAAGAAAGCGAACUGCAGUGCAGUACAACCUCUUAGCUCAUGGGUCCUAGACGCAGAGGUAUCCAGCAGUGCUGAUUUCAUGCAAAACACUCAUGGGAAGUCCAUCCAUGGAAGGGAAGCAUAUUACCUCCCAGUUGCAGGAAAUGUCAGGCAGACACUUUUCUUGCUUACCUGUACAUGGACCUGCAAGACCCUCGGACAGCUGCCUUUUUACUCUGGCCUUUUUAUUUGAUGGAACUAUAUCCUUUUUUUCAAUGAUUAAAGAAAUACAAAUGCUUAUUUUUUGUGCUUUCUACAUCAAGAUUUCUAAGGUGCAUUUGAAAAGGAAGCUCUGUAUACAUUAUAUGAUAUUUUCUUCUUGAAAAGAAUGUAUAUAUGUGUAUUCGAAGAUACUGCUAAAUAUUUUGUUGAAAUAAAAACA